GCCUGUGUGCACCGGGCGCGCGCUGCCUCAUUACUUCCGUCUUUGACACGCAAUCACGAGAUGCUGCGUGCAAAGUGGCAACGUCUAUGGAGCUCCUCACGCAGUUCACUUCUUACGACUUCUGAUACGGUUUCACACUUAAAGACUUUAAAUAAGAUUCUUUAAACCUACUUUUUUUUAGUGUGUACCUUUGUGCCGAGGAACAGAAAUGAAAAUGAACAGCACAACGUUUAACCAAACGGACGGUGGGAUUUUUUCCAACCGGACAGAGGAGAUUUUGUCGUGUUGUAACUUCUCGUCUGUGGUGACGGACGACAGCUUCGUGGCGGCGGCGGCACCCGACGAUGAGCGCAGCCUCUUCAUCAUGAGAGCCGUGCAGAUCGCCGUGAUGUGCGUGUUGUCUCUCACCGUGGUGUUCGGCAUCUUUUUUCUCGGCUGCAACCUUCUCAUCAAGUCCGAGGGGAUGAUUAACUUUUUGGUGACGGAUCGGCGACCGAGCAAAGAAGUGGAAGCGGUUAUAGUGAGCGUUUAUUAGCGCGCUCUAUGGUUACACAAGUGAAAACUUCAGAUAUGGACACAUCUACUUCUUUUUCCAGUACACGCACGUGAAAUUGUGUCCAAAACGCAUUUAACGUGUUAACUGGUACUGCAGUAUAACACAGUUUAUUAUGCGCUUUCACAUGCGUUCGUUUCUUGUGAUGGCGAAGAAAGAAA